UUCUCCUCGCUGCCUCUGUGCAUGUUUUCCUCCGUGCCAGGGUUAUUUUUGAAUAGCGUUCGGCUUCCUGCUCAGACUGAAGUCUACAAGCCGCAGCAUCCCUAUUUUGUUGUUUUCGGGAUUUGCCAGCUCUGAGAUCCAUAAAAGCUUGCUGCAAUGUUCUCUUCUUCUCCUCUCUCACAGUUUCAUUGCAAGCUCUUUGCAAAAAUGGGGGACGACAGACCUUUUGUGUGUAACGCUCCCGGUUGUGGACAGAGGUUUACCAAUGAGGACCACUUGGCUGUACACAAACACAAGCAUGAGAUGACACUGAAGUUUGGACCAGCCAGGACUGACUCUGUUAUAAUUGCAGAUCAAACACCUACCCCCACUCGUUUUCUUAAGAACUGUGAGGAAGUCGGUCUGUUUAACGAACUCGCCAGCUCCUUCGAGCAAGAUGACGAAGACAAGAAGGCGAAGAACUCUCUUCCUGCGGCCAACUCUGUGGCUUUAGACAUGAGCCUGCAGACGUCAUCAGAUGUGAAGGUGAAACGGGAGUCACCUGUGGAAGUCGACUCCUCACCUCCAGGCAGCCCUGAAUCGAUAUCUGGGAAGUCGGACAGCAACCAGGAGCCAGUGGUUAGAGGAAAGGACACACCACCUAGGAGUUCAGCUCCCACUCCAACUAUUGUCCGCCCAGGUUCUCUUCCACUACACUUGGGCUUUGAUGCCCUUCACCCCACCAUGCCAUCACCCACCUCCGUCAUCACACAGGCUCCGCCUUCAAAUCGCACCUUGGGUUCACCAACUAGCCAUUACCCAAUGAUGAUGCUUCCCACUGGUCAGGCUGUGCCUGUGCUCCCUGGUCCUGUCCAGAUACCCUCUGUCAUUAAUCUGGCUCGACCCAUGUGUAUGGUACCCAACAUUCCUGGAAUCCCUGGUCCUCCUCUGGGAGGCAGCAGCAGCGGCUCCAACUCCCCCUCUGGCUACAGCAUCCACUCAGAGGCCAAGAUGCGCUUGAAAGCAGCGCUGUCGCAGCAGAGCCCGUCAGGUCAGAACUUGGGAUCUAUGGUGAUGGGCAGCAGCCCCAUGGUUCCUCAGAAGGCAGAGCAGAGCCAGCUGCUUGUCCAGCAUCCGGACGCCCCUUCGCCUGCACAGCCUCAGGUAUCUCCAGCACAGCCUACAGGUGGGCGUCGACGGCGGACGGCAGACGAUGACCCAGAUGAGCGACGGCAACGCUUCCUGGAGAGGAAUAGGGCGGCGGCAUCGCGCUGCAGACAGAAGCGCAAACUGUGGGUCAGUUCUCUGGAGAAGAAGGCCGAGGAGCUCAGCUCUCUCAACGUCUCGCUGUCGAAUGAGGUUUCUCUGCUGCGAAACGAAGUGGCACAUUUGAAGCAGCUGCUGCUCGCCCACAAGGACUGCCCUGUCACCACCCUACAAAAGAAAACUGCUUACUUAGCUGCAGAAGAGAGCCUAAAGGAAACCUCUGAACCUACAGGGUCCCCGGCUCCAGUGAUUCAGCACAGCUCUUUGGCUCCCAGCCCCUCUGCGAUUCAUAACGGCCUGAGCACGAGAGCCGCAGCCGAGGCCAUGGCCAUGUCGGUGCUAGCAGGAAUGGGUCAGCAGCACCAGAGGGUCGAGGGUGGACCCUCGCACAUUAUCAUGGCUGCACAGUCUCAGUCUGCUGCCAGAUGAUGAGCAGCGCCACCACUGGCCCAGGCUUGGCUCGCCACCCAGGGGUAGAAAAGACUCCCACCAUCCACAGCCUUUAGGUCCAAAUUUCACAUCUCCCGCUACCCUCUCUCCACGUCUCCUCUUUUGAUCCUCCUGUGGAGCCAUCAAGCUGUGGCCUGGAGCUCAGCAGCAGCUGCAUCCUUCUGGGAACGGACGGAGACUUUUGGGAGAGCUUCCUGUUAACUUUGCCAUAAACUACAGGGGCUGGACUCCGAUAUCCCUUCCUCUUUGCCCGCCUGCUCAUCUCCCCUCACCCUCGGUGAAGAUGACCCUCUCACCAGGCUGCGAGAAAGUGCGUGGAGUAAUCUGCCAUGAUUUUGAACUUCCUAUGUGCACAGUUUCAAACUCACAGGAGUUGCAUAAACAUUGAUCAAAUCAGAUCCAGCACUCAGGACUUUAUGCUGUUUUCAGCUGGGAAUAGUGCCUCGUGCCCCUGGACAUUAAUCACCAUGCUCACAACCCACACACCCA